GGUUUGGGUAUCCAAACGGGCUUUUACCUUUUUUUUCUCCUCGUGACACUGGUACCUACUUCUACUCUCCAAAAAACCAAUACAAAAAUCCUCUCUUCGCCUCUCUCUCCACUUUUUCUUUUCUUUCUUUUCUUUCUUUUCUUUUUAUUCUCUCCUUCUCUCUCAUGGCUCUUCCUCAGAAAACCGCUUACCAUAUCUUCCAAAAGCGUUAUCAUAAACCACCCAUCUUUCCUUCCAAAUGACAAGAAAAACCGCUUCCGAAAACCUAGCUCCAAUGGCAUUUCAUUUUUCGUUUUCUCGUUUUCUUUUUCUCAUUUUGCUAUCGUUUUCUUUUAAGAACCGAGUCGACUCAGAGCCGACUCAGGACAAGCAAGCUCUCUUAUCGUUCCUCUCCCAAACCCCCCAUGAGAACCGAAUCCAAUGGAACGCUUCCGACUCGGCCUGCAACUGGGUCGGCGUCGAAUGCGAUGCCAAUCGCUCUGCUGUCUACUCUCUCCGCCUCCCCGGCGUUGGGCUUGUGGGUCAGAUCCCGGCCGGCACUCUCGGUCGCCUGACCCAGCUCCGCGUCCUUAGUCUCCGGUCUAACCGCCUCUCCGGUGACAUCCCGCAGGAUUUCUCUGACCUCAAGCUCCUCCGCAGCAUCUACCUGCAGAACAACCUCUUCUCUGGGGAGUUCCCGCCGAGUUUUUCUGGGUUGACUCGCCUUACUCGUCUGGACAUCUCCUUCAACAACUUCACCGGAAAAAUCCCGUUCUCCGUCAACAAUCUGACCCACCUGACCCGAUUCUACCUACACAACAACUCCUUUUCCGGCAAUCUCCCUAGCAUCAAUAUCCCGUCACUGACAGAUUUCAAUGUCUCCAACAACAAUCUCAACGGUUCAAUCCCGACAACCCUUGAGAGAUUUCCCGGAUCGGCGUUCACCGGCAACAUCAAUCUCUGCGGACAGCCGCUGACUCCCUGCAACCCAUUCUUCCCGUCGCCGUCGCCGUCCCCUGUUUCAACUCCCCCCGCAAUCCCAUCUCGGAAAAGCUCCAAAAAGCUCUCCAAAGCCGCCAUUAUAACAAUUUCCGUCGUGGGAGGCGGAAUUCUACUUCUAAUUCUUUUGGGUCUGAUUCUAUUGCUCUGUUUGAGGCGACGGCGCGAUCAUCCGCGGCCCGCGAAGCCUACAAAGCCGGCCCCUCGAUCGAUGGGGGCGUCUGCAGCAGCAGAGACAGGGACUUCGUCGUCCAAGGACGAUAUGGGAAGCGGUGCCGGCGAGGGGGAGAGGAACAAGCUGGUGUUUUUCGAUGGUGGGGUUUAUAGCUUCGAUCUGGAGGAUCUUUUGAGAGCUUCGGCGGAGGUAUUGGGGAAAGGAAGCAUUGGAACUUCGUAUAAGGCGGUUUUGGAAGAAGGAACUACGGUGGUGGUGAAGAGGUUGAAGGAUGUAGCCGUUGCGAAGAAGGAAUUCGAGAUGCAGAUGGAGAUGUUGGGGAAGAUAAAGCACGACAAUGUAGUUCCUUUGAGGGCGUAUUACUACUCCAAGGACGAGAAGCUGCUCGUAUCUGAUUUCAUGCCUGCUGGGAGCUUGUCUGCUCUUUUACAUGGCAGUAGGGGCUCGGGCCGUACGCCUCUGGACUGGGACAACCGGAUGAAGAUAGCCCUCGCAGCAGCGCGAGGGCUGGCCCACCUCCACGUGGCGGGCAAGAUCGUGCACGGCAACAUCAAGUCCUCGAACAUCCUUCUCCGCCCGGACCUCGACGCGUGCGUCUCCGACUUCGGCCUCAACCCUCUCUUCGGCGCAUCCACUCCCCCCAACCGCGUGGCAGGCUAUCGUGCGCCGGAGGUGGUGGAGACACGCAAGGUCACCUUCAAUUCGGAUGUCUACAGCUUCGGCGUACUACUGCUGGAGCUCCUGACGGGUAAGGCCCCCAACCAGGCGUCCCUGGGUGAGGAAGGAAUCGAUCUCCCGAGGUGGGUCCAGUCGGUUGUUCGCGAGGAAUGGACGGCUGAGGUGUUCGAUGUGGAGCUGAUGAGGUACCAGAACAUAGAGGAGGAGAUGGUGCAGCUGCUGCAGAUCGCCAUGGCCUGCGUGUCCACCGUCCCUGACCAGAGGCCCGCGAUCCAGGAGGUGGUGCGCAUGAUAGAGGAUAUGAACCGCGUCGAAACGGACGACGGACAGAGGCAGUCGUCUGACGAUCGCUCGAAAUCGGGCGGCCACACUCCCCCGACGGGCUCCCGUACUCCUCCCGCUGCUGCCACGCCUUGAAGUAAAUAAAAAAAAGAAAAAAGAAGAAGGGCGCAUGGUUAACUUGCGCCGGGAUGCGUCAUUGCUUAAGCUACGCAACUGUGGGGGGUGUUUGCAUUUCUUUCAUCUCUUCUGCAAAGGAUGAAUUUUAUUUUUAUUUUUUAUUUUUGGUGUUAUUUUUCUUAAUUUUUAUAAUUUUGAAGGAAUUAAUUGGGGAGCAUGGUCCAUUAUCUGGGUGGAGCUGCCAUUUGUUUGAUUUUCGGAAGAAAUGAAUAUUUAUUUUUCUGUGAAGAAGCCAAAUAGAAUAUCAACUACUUUACCAGA